CGAGAGCGGAAAAAGGAGGACACAAAAACAGAACGCGAAAAUUGUAACGUCUUCUCGUAGGAAAAUAGAAUAACGGCUGCCGUACCACCGCCGAGCCGAGGUUCCAUUCAACUCGAAACUAAACAGCGAGUUUAUUUUAUUCGCGACUGUCGCGGUGAGAUAGCACGAUUCUCGGCCCAGCUGUUCUCGCGUGCAAGGAAACGUGUGUAUACUAAUUCGUGGCGCUCCGGUAUAUGUACAGACAAAAGUAAGUGCAGUGAAAAGAACCACCACCGUAGGGUGAAAGUUUUAUUCGUUCUUAACAUAAUAGUGAUGGUUUUGGGCAAAUUGUAGCCGAUUGUGAAAAGUGCAACAGAAUCGACGCCCCCGGAAAAAUCGUACAAAGAAGCCGCUCGCACAUCUGUCCAUCAAUAGUUUAGCUGGUACUGCAGCAGCGAGGGUAAGCUCAAUGCGCGGCGACAGCUGGAACGCAAAUCUCCGACAGUAGUACAGUCACAAUUGUACGCUCGAUCAGCUCAGCCGCAACGACCGACCGGUACGGGGCUCCAGCGGGUUACAAAACAAAUAGCGAACGCGUUUGAAAUGGUACUCAAACAGCGAACGACAGCACUGGAGCUGCAUUCGCCCACGGAGGAUGUUCUGGUUAGUCCCGGCAGCGAAAGUUUGCCCCCGCUGGAGGCGAACUCAACGGCGGGCUCCGUUGCUGAGGGUCAGCCGCAGCCGCGUGUUCACAUGAAAAAAGAGCUCGGUCUGUUGGAGGGUGUGGCCAUCAUUUUGGGAAUCAUCUUCGGUUCGGGGAUUUUUAUUUCUCCGAAAGGCGUCCUACAGGAGGUCAGUUCCGUCGGGGCUUCCCUGCUGAUAUGGGUCCUCUGCGGACUGCUGUCAAUGAUUGGAGCACUCUGCUAUGCUGAGUUGGGUACGGCGAUACCGAAGUCGGGCGGAGAUUAUGCCUAUAUCUACGAGGCGUACGGUCCCCUUCCCGCUUUUCUGUAUCUAUGGGAUGCUACGGUGAUUUUUGUCCCGAGUACAAAUGCCAUCAUGGCACUAACCGUCGCCAGUUAUGUAUUUCAGCCCCUGUUCGCAGCGGGUUGCUCAGUUCCUACGCUCGGGCUGCAGUUAUUUGCGGCGGUCGCCAUCUGUCUGCUAACCUACAUCAAUGCUUACGAUGUUCGAAUCACCACCAAAAUGCAGAACGUUUUCAUGUUCACCAAGGUGGGAGCGCUGGUCCUGGUGAUCAUUGUCGGUGUGGUGUGUAUGGCGCUCGGGGGAACCGAAAACUUUGAAAAUUCCUUCGAAAACACCGAAACGGAUCCGGGCAAGAUUGCCGUUGCGUUCUACUCGGGUAUUUUCUCCUACGCUGGAUGGAAUUACCUCAACUUCAUGACGGAAGAACUGCAAGAUCCGUACAAAAACCUUCCCCGGGCAAUCUACAUCUCACUUCCGCUGGUGACGAGCGUUUACGUACUGGCCAACAUGGCCUACAUUGCGGUGUUGACGCCACAGCAAAUUCUCGCUUCCGAUGCUAUCGCCGUGACUUUCGCCCAAAAAGCCAUGGGCUGGGGUGCUUUGGUGAUGCCCAUCCUGGUAGCCAUCGCAGCAUUCGGCGGUCUCUCCGUACACAUAAUGGCCUCCUCGCGGAUGUGCUUCGUCGGUGCUCGCAACGGUCACAUGCCCGAAAUCCUCUCGCAUAUCAACGUGAAACGAUUAACACCGAUGCCAUCGCUGGUGUUUUUGUGCAUCCUUUCGCUACUGUACCUAUUCAUCAGCGACGUGUACGUCCUCAUCACCUACAGCAGCAUCGUGGAAUCGUUCUUCAUCAUGCUGUCGGUUAGCGCUGUGCUGUACUUCCGCUACACCCGGCCCGACAUCAACCGGCCCAUCAAGGUUCAACUGUGGGUUCCGACGCUGUUCGUUAUAAUUUGCGCCUUUCUCAUCGUCGUUCCAUGUUACGUGGCCCCGUACGAGGUCGGUAUGGGCGUUGCCAUUACGCUGGCCGGUAUUCCCGUUUACUACAUCGGAGUUGCGUGGAAGAACAAACCGGUUGCCUUCGAAAAGGUUCUCCGAGCGAUCACCCAGUUCUGUCAGAAGAUGCUGAUGACUGCCAAGGAGGAAACCGAGUUCGAGGAGUGAACUAGCUACUAUUCCAGUUACGAGCUGACACACGGAGAAGCCACCACUUGAAGACUGUAAAUAGGCUGGGUGGAACGGGGCCAAGAAGCUCUGCUCGGAGGGGCGGGUGAAGCCUGGCGCGAGGACACAAGUAAGUGCUUUUAUCUACACUAGACAGAUUGGACUCCCGUAGUGAUAUUCUUCUAGCCGUUUUAGAUACUAUGGUUUGCUUUACUUUAUCGGUUUUAUUUUUUGUGUCAAAGUUUGUACAUUUUUUCAUCUCAAUCGCGGAAUCUCGAACCAGCAUUUAUAAGCUAAAUCAAAUAUAUUAUUUUGUUCACGGAGAAAAAAAAAACGAUACCAAAAGACCUACGUGCCAAAUUGUUACAUUUUUUUAUGUUUCUGUCGUGUUUUAUGUGUUGUUUUCCCCGCUAAUUCUUCAGUUUAGCCUCUCGAUACUCGAACGAGUUGCUUUCAAAACCAUCCAUGCUUGGGUACUUAAGAGUUAGAAUGUAAAUCAAAUGUCGUUAGUAUGGUUAGGAUUGGAUAGUAAAUCGAUCAUCAUCUAGAUUCUCCUAAUUCAAUCAGAAAUGUCAGGUAUUGUGUACAAUCUCAUGUUCGAAAUUAGAUAUUGCUAAGGCUACUGCGAUUUCAAAGCGUGUUGUUUACACGGCUCAUUAAUUUUAUGGCAUAUUCGUUUUUGACACUGCACUACACCGGUGUAGUCGGUGCUACACUCAUUCAAACUUGGGUGUAAUCAGUCUAUGCUCUUUCUUUGCACUACACCGGUGUAGCACCAAGAAAAAGCGAAAACGCCAUUAGAGAGUCCGCUGAGAAGUUUCGUGGGGUAGUAUACGUAGGCAAUUACCGCAAUCGUUUUUGAUGGAGCUGUGUUUUUUUCGAAAAAGAAAAUUUAUUUUCUGGAGCACACCAUAAUUUUUGAACAUUACUUUAUCAUUUAACAAUGAUAAUAAUGAUGGGGCUACACUUACAGCAAGAGUGGAUUCGGUGCCUCAAAACGUUUAAAAAUCUAUUUUGGUACUAGCUUUCCGUCCGAGUGAAAGACGAUUCAAAUUGGGUUCGAAAUCGAUCAAAAUUGUUUUCGGUCGUAGUAGCCUUACGUUCCCAAAACCACAAUACGGGUGACACAAUAUCAACAGUACUCGACUUCGUUCGCUACAUUUCUUCAUAAGAAAUUAAGACAUCUUUCAGCCAAGAAAAAAUUAAAAAUUUCUCUUUUUUACGGCAAGCAGAGGUUUUAUCAAAUAGUUAAUAGCUUUCCUUUGUCUGCCUACCUACCUACCAAUACGUAAGAUUAUAGUUCCAUAGAUCUAUUAUUAAAUUGAUCGCGCACGCGAUUGUGCACUCCUAAUCUGCUAUCUGAUAGCUGAAGCAGCAUCACAUUACAUCCAGUAAGUUAUGAUAAGUUCGAGAGCAUAUAUUUAAAAUUUCCAUUUCUGGUAUAUGGACAGAAUCAUUAGCUACAUUUCAAGGGGAUACCUUGAGAAACAUAUUUAUAAAAAGCGUUUAAUAUAGGUUAAGAGCUGAAACAAAUACUGUAGCAGAUAUAAGACAAAAAUAAUAAAGAUAUUCAAUAAGCUUUUAAAGCAGCUACUAAA